UGCACUGACAUCGCCGCGACGAGCCCCGUCCACCCCCUGCGCCGUCCCACCUCGACGACCCUCGAGAGCUGUGUCGCGACUUCAAGUGCAGCUUUCUUUCCCUUCGACCUCGAUUUGUAUACCGACUCCUCCGCAAACACGAGGACAGGCCGGGCAUGCGCCUUCUCUCCAGCAACAUCCCACGUCCGAGUCCACCAUUGUAACCCACCACGCCUGGCGCACGCGAUUCUUGCCUCUAAACUUCUGUCUCGAAACGAUCCACCCGUCGCAACUUCCACGUUGUCCACAUAGGUGCCUCCAACACUUUAGUUGAAAGAAGUCGCUCGGUAGCGACCCAACACCGCCGCCAUGUCAGCCGUUAAGAACCUCCGGGCCAUGUUCGAGCAAAAAGCCGACUCGAGCCCCCCGGAUCGGGGAAGGUCCCCUGGCCUCUCUUCCAACGGCACCGAAACUCCCCCUCCAUCAUCCACGCGCCCACUCUCCAAAAUUCGAACGAGCUUCGUUGCUGUCGAAAAGGACGGAAGAGUAGGACUCCGCCGAGAUCCUAGCAACGAGUCGAGUGUGUCCCAGCGAAGGCUCAGCAGCCAUACCGAGGGAGAGGCUUCUGUGUCUGGCCUCUCUGAUAAGACAAUGGCCACCGAGGACACCUCCGGAGGCUACAAGACAAAUAUCGUCGGCAGCCCCAUUCCCGAGUCUCCUCGCCGCCCCGAAGCGGACAAGCCGACAAACGGAGCCUCCCCUCGUAACUUGGGGGCUCUGAACAAUCACCCGAGCCACAACCCCGACAAACACGUAGACAUCGAAACGCCUACACCAGAGCUGCUCCCAGGCGACCCUACGCAAGCGUCGCCCGACCACAGCGUUUCCAAUGGCACCGCAGCCACGAAGAAUACCGGGGCCGCAGCUCCCAAAACCUCCACAAAGACCGCCGCCAAACCCCCUGCGAAACUGGCACCUCCCGCUACCAUUACGAGAGCAAAGACACCGUUGAGAUCCCCAGUCACUGCCAAGACCCCUACCACAGCAACGGCAGGCUCUAAGCCGAGCGCUCCCAAGGCUCAGCACGACGCCGCAAAGAAGCCUGCCGAGAAGACGGCGACUUCGACCCCCAAGUCCGGUGCUAAAACGGCAGGCGCCGGCAAGCCAGCACCCGUGCAGGUUUCUCCCUCCAGCGGCAUUGGCUUCGUCAAGCCCAAGGUCAAGUCGCCCACCAAGCCCGUGAAGCUGCCUGCUUCCCUGAUGGCUCCGACUGCCGCCUCCGUCCAGAGAGUCAAGGAGGCUCCUCGCGAAACCCUCUCGCGCGCCUCUGGCAACCAGGGCCGCCCGGCUAGCAGAGCGAGCGCGCCCGGUGCUGCGGCGCCGCCCAAGACUCUAAAGCGCCAGAACUCGGUCAUCAACCGGCCCCGGCCCAGCAUUGGCCCGCCGCCAAAGAAGCCCCUCCAGGACCACCCCAUUACCAAGAAGGACAAGGAGGUUGACGAAGGUUUCCUGGCUCGUAUGAUGCGACCCACGGCGAGCUCGACCUCGAAGGUGUCAGAGAAGGCUCCCGUUACCCCUCCUAGAAGCAGGAGCGCAAAGCCAAGCAGCGCCAAGAAGGCCUCUGCCUCAAGGAGCCCCAAGAGAGCGCUCUCUCGGCCGGCAGCGGUGCGGGCGGGAAGCCGCACAGGCAGCCCUUUCGCUAGCAAGAAGGAUGCCCCAGCCAAGAAGGUCGUUGAGACCGCAGAGGCUGAGGUUAUUGCUGAAGCACCGAGAACCCCAAAGGCAAAGGCACCGGCCACACCAGAGCCUAUUGUCGAGGAGACCGCGGCUGAAGCUAGCCCGGCUAAGGAGGUUGAGACCGAGGCUCCUGUUGAGGAGACGGAGACCGCGGCGCCUGAGCUGGAGGCCGUCACCGAAGAGCGUGUUGAGGAGCCCGAGCUCGACGACAUCAUCCAGCAGACUGCCACGCUCGACCUCAAGGAGGAAGAUGCCGAGGACCAAGAGCUUAAGAGCCCGGAUGAGUUCGAGGAGCUGCUGGCCGACGAGAAGGAGGCGGAGGAAGACAAGACGGAGUCAGCUCCGGUCCCUGUUGAGGCGACCACAGAAGUCAAGACUGAGACUGCAUGAAAAAAAGAAUUGUGUCAAAGAGUGGCGGAGGUGAUUGUAUAGUUUUAG